CUCAAUGUAAGUUGUAAGAAUAGGCUAAAGACAGAAAGCCGUAAUAAGAUUUUGAGCAGCGUCGAAUUCGGUCCUCUACGGAACUAAUAUUGCUACAUUGAUCUUAAAAAAGUUGUUAAAUAAGUUUCUUACAAUUAUAGUUAUGUAAUGCAUAUACACCUGAAAACUAAUUUAAAUUUCAAGCUAGUAUGUAUAAUAAAUUUUUAAAAUACACAAUUAUUGUAAUUAAAUUCUUAAAAAGUGAAAGAAUUGCAAGGCGUCUCGCAAUGAAAUGUAAAUAAAUGUAAGGUAAGGUCAGUCACUUACUGACUUAGUAAUUAGUACGGUAACUAAAGAAGAAAACCGUUCUUUCCUUUGGCACGGUAUGCCUAUUAGUAUUUUAGCCUAUUACUUACUAGUUACUAUGAUUAUUUAUUAUUAAUAAGUCAGUUAAUUUCAAUUGUAUUAAGAGUCAUACACUCUUUUUAUUAGAUGAUUUGGAAUUCACACAGUUAUUUACUCGAACUUUAAUUAAUAAUAAUAAGAUUUAUAAUUUUAAGAGACAAUAUAUAUAAUAUAAUAAAUUAUAAUAAUAAGUAAGGCAAACCUUGCCCAACGUAGCCGCUGUUACUGUAGUGUUAGGUCAGGUAUUUCUCAAGGAGUCAUACUCAUACAUACACAUCACUGCAGUCUGUAGCAGUGGUGUCACCCGGUGCGGUAAACUCGAGGUGUCACCCUCACCCCUCACCACCACUUUUUUUCUACAAUGGAUGUCUUCUUGCUGAAAUAAGUCGACAGUAUAACAAUGAUGAGAACAAAAACCAAUUAUAAUUAAGGACCCAAAUUAAUUAAAAGUCAGGAGGCGGCAAAUGUCUUUAAGAACUGGAGCCGUAGCAACAUUAAGUUAUAGCCUAGAGCCUAGUUAUUUUUACAUUUAAUUUACUUUAUUUAAAAUUUUCAUUUCCUGGCCCGCCAAAGCUGCAAAACUGUCAAUCAAUUUAUCAAAAUCAAUAUCCUUCACUGUAUCACUUUCAAUUGAGAGUAGAGCCAGAUCAGAAAACUUGACUGUCCCAUGACCAUGGUGGAUCGUAAAUAGUUCUUGAUAAGCCUUAGUUUUGGAAAGCUUCACUCAUGGAUCAUAACAACCAAUUGAAGGCUUAGCGAGAGUAUUGGAAGAGAUUCUAGGAAGUCCCAUUUAGCUUUGAAUUUUAAAACAUCAAAUAUUGACCAGUCCAUGACUUUGUGAAAUUCAAUAUCAGCUGCCUUUAGUUGUCUUCUAUCUAAGCCUCAGUAUUUCUUUUAAAAGUUCAUACUCUGAUAACUCAUCAUAGAAAGAGAAUAAUUUUGGACUCUUCUUCACUUGCUGAUAAAAGACCAUUGGGUUGUACAUUCCCCAAACCUAUCUGCUACUUAAUUGAUCGCUGAUGAUCUGAUCUGGGUUUCAGAAUGAAAGCAUCUCCCUAAUGUCUUCUUCUCGCAGAGAGACUCCAGCAUCUAUAAAUUUUUUCUCCUGUUAUGCUCUACUUAAAACUUAAUCGUUACCAAAACUCCAUAUUGGUCUUAUUUUAAAAGUGCCUUUUCAAUAGCAUUUUCCACCAAAUGACAGCGCUUCUCGGGCAGAAACAAUCUUGAGACCUCUAGGUUGGUCACCACUUUGUCAAGAGUAAAUCCUUUAGUCUGCAGAUACUGCUGAGUAGGAUUACCUUCCUCAAGUAGAAUAGCCCAAAGUUAAAGGUACAGAGAAACAUGACAUCACAGAAAGUAUGUAAAAGACCUUGGGCUGUAUGACAAUCGUGCUUAGAUGUUGGGGAAGGGGUGUGCAUGUGCUAGUGUCGAAUUGGCGAAAAUAUUAAUUUUUGAAUAUUUCUGGACUUCUAUAAAAUUGAUUUCAAGCCCCCCCCCCCCCCUCCCCCUUUUAAAAAAAAAAAUUUGAAUUAAUUACUAAAAGAUAUUAGAAAAUUUUGUAAAAUGUUUUUUUGUUAACCUUCUACUAAAUGUCAUUUUUUUAUAUUUUUAAUUUUUACAGAUUCAAUUCAUGUACUUAGAAUUGCUCGACCACAACAUAUUUGGUAUCAGUGGAAAGCUUUAAAACUCUUCAAUCGUCGUUAUCAUGGUCAAAACUGUGUUUUCUCACCUAAUUGUAGGGUCACCUCAUUUCUGACGCAUGAACCUUGAAGUUUUAAUAAAGCAUACAUUUGGAUUGGUUACGUGUGAGGGAAAAUUUACAUGUGAUUGAUUAUCCAUUUAUGAAAUUCGGUUAGACCGAGCAGUGAGUGCUCUGUAAAUAUGAAAUUUUUCAAUUUGGUGUCACCCCCCUAGCUAUGCCACUGGUCUGUAGUUUAUAUAAAUUGAAAAUGAGGCCUACUACUACAAGCACUACUUUUAGAAAAAAAAAUUUUUUUACAUUUUUUUCCAUCUUGAGUUUUAUAUUUUGGAUAUAUUUCUUAUAAUACUAAGACUAGCUGGUCAGUAAUCAUUGCAUAAAACUAAGUGAUGAUCUAAACUUUUUUAUUCAUUUAGGAUGAAAAUUUGACUAAUGAUAUAUGAUUUACUGUAUACUACUUUUUCAGCUUACUUUUCAUCAUGAACGACCAUACUGACAUGAAAAGUAAAGAUAAUGAUGUUAAGAUAAAGAACAAUUUUGAGCAAAGUUUUCAAAUCAAAUCAAGUGAAUCACAACAAAUGGCGACUGCACCAAGAAAAGAAGCAAUAAAUGAAAAUAUACCCCCAAGUGCCAGUUUGAAUAAAAAGAAAACACAUAACAAAGCUCACAUUUCUGGGUUGGCGAGUAUGCCCUCCACAUCAGCAUUUAGAGCAAUCAAUUUUGAACUCUAUGUGAAACCGGUAAAUAUUAUUAGCUUAUUAUAUGAUUAUUAUUUUAAUUUUAAAAACGUCUUACAUCAGAAAAUAUAUGCACAUAAAUUUUAUAGAUUGAAAUGAGACAAAAACGAAUAGAAGAAAGUGUCAGCUAAAAGGCUUCUUCAGCAAAGAAGAGGAACAGGCGAAAAUAAAACACAUUAUUAAAAGAAGGAACUAAUUUUGCAGUUAAUCACUGGCAAUUUGUCAGGUGGAAAAAAACUGACAAAUUAAUGCUAUUUGGUUUGGGAUAGGAAUAACAGACAUAAAGACCUUGUAAGUGUAAGAGUUUCAACUGUAUAGAAAAGAGCAUCUAUUUCCUGAAAACCUAUCUACCAAAACCCUAGCUUCCGAAACACCCCUGUCUAUUUUAUUGUUGAUGCAUUGAACAGACUGGUAUAAGUGAUUUGAAGAUUAUAUAUUAAUUAACCUAUUAAAAUGGCAUAUAUUCUGUAAUAUGCAUUAACAUGUUUGCAAAAUAAAUUACCCCUCACAGAAUAUACACCUGCAAAGACAGAUUUUAUUCUAAGCUUAAUUAAUAUAUUUUUGAAAGCAACCUCUUUCUUUUUUAAAAAUAAAUCAGCUAACCCAGAAACACUAUGUACAGCUGUUUAAUGCCCUGUACAAUAAUUUGAAUAAAGGACAAAAUGUAUAUAACUAGAAGAUAAGAAAAAUAAUAUUUUCAUGCAUUUAAUUCUAUAAGGCAAGAAUAUAAUGUAUUCUAUUCACUUAAGUCUAUAAGUUAAGAAUAUAAUCUUUCUGUACUUUGACUUCUAUAAGUUAUAAGUUAAGAAUAUAAUGCAUAACACGCACCAAAAUUUUUAAUGCAACCUUGGGACUCUGCAGUUAUCUGCAAAAUAUUUUAUCCAAACAACCCCAGUCUCAAUUCAGGAAAACUGUUGCUCUAUUGUUUUAAUCUAUUCUCCCCAACUUCACUUGAGCUUACUGGUCAAAGAUAAAUUUUUCUUUAAAAUUUCUUAAUUAAAUGAGUAUUUUAAUUUUGUAAAGCACAUUAAACUAAUCUCUUCAUUAAGUUUAAGUGUCAAUAGUGUAAUUAUUUUUCAAAAUAUACUUGCAAAUACCGGUAGUUACAAUGGCUGUAAAUAAUGCAGGCAGAAGCAAGCAUGAGUGGUUAUUUUUAGUAAGCGGCUUGAAAAAUCUAACUGAUAAAGACUUGAAAAAAAAUAUAACACCAAGUCUCCAAAUUCUGCAUAAUAUUAAUUCAUUAUUUUUUAUUUCAACGAAGUACUAGGUACUGUACUUCAAAUAAAAAAUUAAAUGCCUAAAUCAAGAUAUGACCACUGAAUAACUCCUUGGUCUGUCUAUACUGACAAUUAAGUAUCAUUGUGAGCAUACUUAUUUAUAUCUUUUUGUUUUUUUUAUUUUCACAAACUUUGUUGGAAAUGCAAUUUUUAAUUAUCAAGCCACCUAUAUAUUGAUACUGAAGUUCUGGGACACAGGGGUUUUGUGUAGAUUUCUUAGUUUGAUUAAAUAAGUUUGCAGAAACUAUGGCUAGAAGUAGAAUUAGAGUGACAGGGUAGAAAUAUUUUUUAGAGCAAAAUCAUAAACAUAAAAUUGAUUUAAACAUAUUCCUUUUUUUUUUUUAAAGAAUAAAAAAAAAAAUACUAUACCAUCUUGGCUACCGGUAAUUCGAUUAAUCGACAGACACCAACAGUAAUAUAGAUUUGUUAUUGAUAUUUUUUAGAGCAAAAUCAUAAAUAUAAAAUUGAUUUAAACAUAUUCCUUUUUUUUUUUUAAAGAAUAAAAAAAAAAAUACUAUACCAUCUUGGCUACCGGUAAGUCGAUUAAUCGACAGACACCAACAGUAAUAUAGAUUUGUUAUUGGAAUCUAAUAAUUGAGUUGUUUUUUAAAUACAUUACCAUAUAUGGUAAAUAAUAAGGAUAUUUCCAUUUAGACCACUAUCCACAAUUGAGUUUACAUCCACAAGUAUCAAUAUAUGCCAUUAUCAAAAACUGCUGACAAAAAAGUGUGAAGCAAUCAUAUUUAAUAUAUAUAAUAUAAUAAAUUAUAAUAUUUAACAAAAAUCUACCUGAAAUUAUUUUUAUUGGGUAUUUUUCUUGAAUGAAAUAGCAAAACGAGGUAUGUGGAAGCUUAAAUUAGAGAACAGGACAAAAAGAUUAGGACGUUUAGGCAUAAAGCCUUCUUCAGCUCAUCCGAAACGUCCUAAUCACUUUGUCCUGUUCUCUAAUUCAAGUUUCCACAUACCUCAUUUUGCUAUUUUAUUCAUUUAAUAGGCUUGAAUGCAGUCCUUUAUUUCUUUUUUUUUUCUUCAAAUAUUAAAAUAGUUUAUAGUAGAAUUUAAAAUUAUCAUCAGCUUUAGGGACACAUGAAAUGUGGAAAAGCCCACAAGCCUUGCUUGGAUCUUAGUCCUAAAUCCCAAUUAAAAGAGCCCUUAAAGAUAAGGUCAUUUUAGGCCUCGUUGAAAAGUGAAAAUACAUUUUAUUUUUUUUUAGCUAAAUUGUUGAGAUGAAAACAAAAUUAAAAAAGCUGACCCAGAAUAAUAGUUUAAUUUAACCGAAAAGUUAGGGCGGCUACAACAGAAUUUAUGCAGUGGAGUGUUGAUUAUCCAAACUAACUGGGACUAGGUGUUUCGAAUACAUAAUAUUUCAGAUAACUGAAAGCUCCUACAUAAAGGUUGCCUUAAAGAUGUUAGUGCAUAGUGCAUACAAUACAAAUCUUACCUUAAACUUAUGUGGUGCUUUAUUGUAGUGUGAAUUAUAGAAUUAUGUGCAGUAAUCAUGGACAUAUUGGGGGGGGGGGGGUCUGGGAAAAGAGCUCAUUUCUAAAAAUAGAUUAUUGGUGCAUAGAAUAAAAUCCCUGGUCACUUUAUGGGCAUGUAUUCUGUGAUUUGCAUUAAAAAGUUUGCAGGGGGGGGGGGGGGGGGGGUCUGCGAAAAGAGCUCAUUUCUAAAAAUAGAUUAUUGGUGCAUAGAAUAAAAUCCCUGGUCACUUUAUGGGCAUGUAUUCUGUGAUAUGCAUUAAAAAGUUUGCAGAUCACAUUAUCCCAGUCUGGUCACUGCAAGAACAGAAUAUAGUUACGUUGCAUACAGUAACAACAAUAGUAAAAAAAGACUAGGGUUGUUGGAAUAGUCUACAUUUCUGAUAAUGAGCACUCCUAAAUUCAAAUGUUGACUGUAUCAGUAUAGCAUACUCAUCAAUUCCUGGUAAUACACAGUCAUAAUUGAACAAAAAUUAACCCUUGACUGGAUUAAUAUAGUAAACCCAUGAGUUCCUUGUCAUACACAAAAGCAACCCUUGAACUUAUUUCAUAAAUAAGGCAGCUAAUUUUGGUCACACAAUAUUGUUUUUCAAAAUGUAUGUUUGCUUACUUAAAUAAGACAAAUGUACGGUAUUAUAAUAAUGUAUACAUUUUAGAAAAAAGAUAUUGAAACUUAGCAAUACAGGGCAUAUCACUAUUCAAUUUUAAAGAAUGUAUAUAAAGAAUACCUAAAUAUUCCCUUUUAUUUUGAAGUCCAUUUGUUUGGGAUAUGGUGGAUAAUUUAAUGAACUGGUUAGUCAAUGAUGUACCAGGCAAUAACAAAUAAACCGGGUAAUUUAUAACCUAAUGGGAAAUCAGUCAAUUAAGUUAUUUGUCUUAUCUUUCUCUAACUUUUUUAAUCUAUAAAAAAUACAUGUUUACCCUUUACCAGAUUAAUAAGACACGAACAAAUUGUGUCAAUAUAACAAUAUAAGUUACGCUUUAAUAAUAAUUAUACAUUAUACACAAGUAGUUACACUUUACUAUCUCACACACCUUAAUAGAAGAGUAGAUGAACACUUGACUAGCUUACACACCUUAAUAGAAGAGUAGAUGACUGCUAAUUUCUUAUUUUUCUCUUUUUUAUUCCUCAGAAUAAAUUAGUGAUGGCCUGUGGUAUUUUAGCAUUUAGUAGCUGUGUUGCUUAUAUUGCCUAUAUGAAUUUAACUGAUGACCUUAAGAAGGGGACUUAUGUCACCUUAGAUACAGAUGGAGGAACAACUGUUAGACAAAGGACAUCUCGAUGGGAAUGAUUCUACUGUUAGACAAAGGACAUCUCGAUGGGAAUGAUUCUACUGUUAGACAAAGGACAUCUCGAUGGGAAUGAUUCUACUGUUAGACAAAGGACAUCUCGAUGGGAAUGAUUCUACUGUUAGUCUAAGGACAUCUCGAUGGGAAUGAUUCUACUUUUAGACAAAGGACAUCUCGAUGGGAAUGAUUCUACUUUUAGACAAAGGACAUCUCGAUGGGAAUGAUUCUACUGUUAGACAAAGGACAUCUCGAUGUGAAUGAUUCUACUGUUAGACAAAGGACAUCUCGAUGGGAAUGAUUCUACUGUUAGACAAAGGACAUUGGCUAGUUGUGUUUUAUGUUUUAGUCUAAUGGAUAUAAUUUAUUUCAAUCGUUAUUAUUUACAAAGAUAUGUUAGAAACUAUUGACUUUAAGCCAACCAUGUUGUUGUGUUAGAAGAAACCCUUUUGACUUUGAGCCAACCAUGAGGUUGUGUUAUAAGAGAACCUUUUGACUUUGAGCCAACCAUGUGGUUGUGUUAGAAGAGACACCUUUUGACUUUGAGCCAACCAUGUGGUUGUGUUAGAAGUGACCCUUUUGACUUUGAGCCAACUACAUGGUUGAUUUAGAAGAGACUCUUUUGACUUUGGGCCAACAAUGGGGUUAUGUAGGAAGAGACUCUUUUGACUUUGAGCCAACCAUGUGGUUGUGUUAGAAGAGACCCUUUUGAUUUUGAGCCAACAAUGGCGUUAUGUUAGAAGAAACUCUUUUGACUUUGAGCCAACCAUGUGUUUGUGUUAGAAGAGACCCUUUUGACUUUGAGCCAACCACAUGGUUGUGUUAGAAGAGACUCUUUUGACUUUGAGCCAACAAUGGGGUUAUUAUAGAAGAGACUCUUUUGACUUUGAGCCAACCAUGUGGUUGUGUUAGAAGAGACCCUUUUGACUUUGAGCCAACCAUGUGUUUGUGUUAGAAGAGACCCUUUUGACUUUGAGCCAACAACAUUGUUGUGUUAGAAGAGACUCUUUUGACUUUGAGCCAACAAUGGGGUUAUUUUAGAAGAGACUCUUUUGACUUUGAGCCAACCAUGUGGUUGUGUUAGAAGAGACCCUUUUGACUUUGAGCCAACAAUAGGGUUGUGUUAGAAGAGACUCUUUUGACUUUGAGCCAACAAUGGGGUUAUGAAAAGCAUGAGCAGUUUUCUGCAUUUCACAAUAAAUGAAGAAUGUCACUAUAAUUAUAAAAUUAUCAGUUUGGACACAAGUUAUUUUGGUACUAAACCUAUAUUUUCAUAUUUUAUUCUUACCUAAGUAAAGUACUUAUCUUCAAACAAUUGUCUUUAAAAUUAGCUUUCCGGUAUAGGAUUAAAACAAUCUGUUGCACUAGCUUUUUCAUCAUGAUAUAAGAGACUUUAUUUAGACCUGAUGUGAAUGACUC